AAUAUCGCCAACGUCUCAGACCAAAAUUUCGCCCAAAAUCGGAAGUAGCCAAAAGAUGUACAUAUUAAACCGUCUCAAUUCGGCCAAUCACCUCGCCGCCGCCGCCGCCGUGCUCAGAACGAAUAUCAGUCACUUCUCUCCCGCAGCGACAGCCGGAAUCAGUGAUACCCGCAAUUCUUAUGCGAGGAAUAGGGGAAAAAAGCUGACGGAGCUCUCGAGGAGUGUGGUGAUGCUGACUUGCGACUCAUCUGCAGACGGCGGCAUCUGCAAUGUUUACUUGAUCGGAUCCAAUCACGCUUGUCCGAAAUCCUGGGAAGAAAUUAGGGCAGCGGUGCGAUUCUUGAAACCAGAGGUUGUUUUCCUAGAAUUGUGCUCUAGUCGUGAUUAUCUUCUUGGGCGUGAAGAAAUCAAGGUUCCGACUAUGAGAGAAAUGGUGGAAAAGUGGAAGAAAAAUCAAAAACUUUCUUGGAUUCUUUUCGAUUGGUAUACGACUAAGCGUUGGAGUCGAUUAGAAGUUGAAGAUGAUGGAGAUUUUCAGGCAGCAAAUGAUGAAGCCAAGAAAUAUGGUGCCAAAGUUAUACUUGGCGAUCGACCCAUUGAUAUUACAAAUCAGAGAUAUAUUGCCAAGACGUCUAUUUGCCAAUUCGUCACCUUUGGAAUUGAAGGAAUUCCCGUUAAUUUACCAAAUGAAAUCUGGGAGAAGCUAAUCAACGGAAAGUAUGAUGCUCACGCGGUCCAACGAUAUAAUCAAGAGAAGGCCAAGAUCGAUCCUGCUUGGGCAGAAAUAUAUGUCCAUGAGCGUGACCUAUAUAUGUCGGCCAAGAUACUAGAUGUUGCCCGCAAACAUAAAUUGGUGGUAGCUGUGGUGGGAAAGGCCCAUAUACCAGGAAUCCAGAAGAACUGGAAACAACCUGUUGACGUGGAGCAACUUCUUAGCAUACCAACUCAAAAAAAGACAGUAUCAAUGGGCAAGAUACUUCCUAUCGCAGGGGUUGCCAUGAUUUAUGGCAAUUAUCUCUCGAUAAAUCUGAGUUGAGUUGAGACGAGCUGCAUAUUAGGGUGAUUGACAUUGCGUGAUUGCAGUUUCAUCAAUUUGAUUUGAUUAUAAUAUUUUGUAUCUGGAUCAUCGAUUCUUCUCCCACGAUUUGCGUUGUGAUUCAUUCUUUGUGGUCUUACUAAGAUUUGAGGUGGUGGAGCAGUCCUAGUGUUUGGAGGGCUGCAAAUGAUGGGGCAUCGGAGAAUGCCUCGAUGUAUUUUCCGAUCACUGAUACAACAAGAAGCAUUCACCGAUCACCCCUAAACCCAGCUUCAAUUUCCAGCAAACUUAGGAUGGCAGCUGGUUGUCGCCACCAUUCAUUGAAGGCAGCAACUUGGUUUACAAGUUGGGAUAUUUUUUAUAAAACGUCAUUGUUCAACUCUAGGCGAAAUAGAGAGUUUCGAAGUGUAAGUUCAUAUGAUUUUUACAACAUCCAUAGAAGAUCAGGGCUUUUUUCUAUUUUUGCUUUAAUCCAAAGGUCUGUUGUUUUUAUGACUUUCAGAAAGGUUAGAGCAUUUUUAUAACU